AUGAGCUGUCAUGUACUUUCUCUAAUCAUCUUCCUCGCCACCCCUACCCCCACCCUCACACAUACUCCCAACACCGUCGCCACCCCCACACAAUCUCCCACCCCCACUGCCACCCCCACACAAACUCCCUCCCCCACCGCCAGACUCACACAGACUCACACCCCAGCCUCCACACAAACUCCCUCCCCCACCGCCACCCCCACACAAACUCACAGCCCCGCCCUCACACAAACUCCCUCCCCCACCGCCACCCCCAGAAAAAAUCACAGCCCCGCCCUGACACAGACUCCCUCCGCCACCGCCACCCCCACACAAACUCACAGCCCCGCCCUGACACAGACUCCCUCCCCCACCGCCACCCCCACACAAACUCACACCCCGACAUCCCCAUGGGAGGGGAGACAUAAAUUUGGCUUGGUUCCCCAAUCAAUGGGUACGCGGUUGGAUGAGACGGUUAUCCUACCUCACAGGCAGCUUGGGUUGUAUACUUCAAAAAGAGCUGAGAAAGAUGAGAGAUUUAUUCAAUCGGUCAACCGGUUCAUCGCCAAAAAGGCUGACCUUCUGUUCAGCAGUGUGGAUGAGGAGGUCAAGGUCAUUCCGAACAAACAGGAGUUGGAAGACAACUACGCCAUCAUGCCCGCCCUGGAGUCCUUCAUGGGGAUACCAGCCCACAUCUGUAAGGAUCACUUCUUCAAUGGCCUGGAGAAGCGUGAGGUGGUGAUCGGCGUGGUCACAUCAGUGCUGGAGAGCGGCUUGCUCGUAUCUCUUCUGUGUCUGGACUCCGGGCGAGCUCGAGAAAUAGACGACUUAAAGAUCAUUGUAUUCUGCCCUGUCAAGGAAGUUCCCAAGAUUGUUCCAGACCAGAGUGCUCUGGAGUCCUUCCAUGUCAAAGACAUUGUGAGAGGAAUUGUGCUCAAUGUGAAUCCAGAGACACAGAGGAUCAUCAUUUCACUCCAUGAGAAGUCUCUCAACCCCGGACACCCCAACAACCCUAAACUGGGACUCAUAAGUGAAGAUGACUUCCCUGUACAUUACAGACGGAAGCUGCAUGUGCGCGGGUUGACAUUCGAUGAGCUGCUGCAGUCCAUCAUGGGAUUCAACAACUCUGGAAACGUGGAGUUUCUGGUGAAGCUCCACAACCUCAAGGACUUCUCCCUGAUGAGGGGCAUGCACAGUCUGAAGCUGCCGGAGAAGGAAUAUGCGGAGAAUCUGCGCAAGUGGCAGUGUCAGCGGCUGGCCCUGCAGAGUGUGGCCCAGGGUGUGUCGCUGUUCAAGAAAGGGAGGCAGAUGGAAGCCAUGCAGCAUCUGAACAAGGCUCUACAGAUCGAUGAGACCAACGUUGAGGCGCUUGUGGCUCGCGGAGCAUUGUACGCCAACAAUGAGAGUUUCACAAGAGCAAUUGAGGACUUUGAACAGGCUCUCAAGAUCAACCCAACACACACCAAUGCCAGGAAAUAUCUGUUGGAAACCAAGCUGGCCCAUGGAAAACUAUUUGAAGAUCAGAAGGAUUAUGUGACAUCACGGGAGUGUUACCGCCAAGCUGUAGCCCUUGACCCGACCAGUGAAGAGGCCUUGACCUUUCUAAGAUCUUUGGAGCACAGGAUGGUCACCACUGGCAUGCCAGCUCAACGAAGCCGUUCCCGAGAUGGUAGAGACGAGUCACCAGUGCACCACAGGGAAUUGUCCGGGCACAGACAUAGAGAAGAGUCACCACGGCGACGUAGAGAUUGUUCACCACGGCGACACAGGGAAGCAUCACCCCGUCGUCGACAUGAUGAGACUGUCUUUGAAAGGGCAACUGAUAAAUUAAGACGUCUUAUAGAAGAAGAGCAGCAGGAGCCAAGGAGAGAUGAGAGGAAGAGAAAGUACAAGUCCGGGAUGGAGUCACCACCGAAACCGAAACUCCGUCGUGAUUUUGAGGACAGGGAGGAGGUCGAGGACUCCCACAGACCAUGGGGCUACAGCCAAAUGGUCAACAACCCUUACGCCAGCAUCUUCAACAGACAGGAGGUGUCCAUACCCUGCCUGGGGUCUCCAGAGGCUCACACAAAGGCAGCUGGGCACUCCCUAGAGUCUAAUGUGUUUCCAGAAGGAUUCUGCAACCCACAAGAUCCAAACUUUGUUCCCAAGUCCAGAAGACCCCAAGAGGAGUAUGCAGGUGGGAGAGUGAUAGUACCGUCUGAUAGUGACAGACAACAAGCUUGGGGAGAACUGAAGCUACGGAGGAUGUCCCACGGGGACUCCUCACCCAGUGAGCUUGAGAGGAGUCACAGCCCCAAAAGCACCAAAUCCUCGAAGAGUCCUUUUGAUGAAGAAGCCUUCUUGUAUGGUGAGAGUGAAAUUGACACUUUGCAGAGAAAGUCUCAACGUGGCUUAAAAGGCCGACGGUCAGAUGACUGGGAAGAGAGAGAAAUGGAGAGAAGCGGGGAUGAGAAGAGAUGUAGGAACUACUGCAUGGAGGAUAUGGAACUAAAAACACAUUCAUCUGAGUCCCCUGAAUGGGAACAUGUGAAAGCGGGUAAGGUUGUACGACUAGAAUCCCCAGCUUAUAAAAAAGGAAAGGGGAAAGGAAAAGCCCGCCGGGCUAGAAGCUCCAGCUCAGAUUCCAGUUCCGGAUCUAGUUCCAGGUCCAGUUCGAGUUCUAGUUCCAGUUCUUCUUCCUCUUCCUCCUCUUCUUCAUUCGCAGACAAACCAAUGGGGGAUCGUUAUGAAAAACGUGGUGUUUCUAUACCCAUGGGACUUCGAACAGAUGGCAGUUUCAUGGACCAGGACUAUAACAGAUCUUUUUCAGAUGAGAAACCAAAGAAAGCAAGAGAAAGGGAGUAUAGUGAGGGUAAAUAUGCUAAGUCAGCAAAAUAUUCGGACAAAGAGGAUAAAUUGGCAAAGUCAAGGAACCAAGGUAAACAUGACUCCAAAUGGGUAGGGAAAGUUGAAAGGGAUGACAGGGGUUCUAGUAUUGACAAAAAUAGCUCAAAGAAGAAAAGAAUGCUUGAUACAAAGAAAAUGUCUGACAGAGAAGACGAGGAUGGCAAGAGAAAGAAAGAACCAUCUGGUGAAGAAAGAAGCUCUACUUCAAAAGAAAGAUGGACAGAAGAAUCCAAAAGAUCCAAGUCCCCCGAGAAGGUGCUUCAAGACUCCAGUGUGUCUUCCUUCAGUGAGAAGUUAGAAAAGGCUCAAGGGGAAGAUCCUUCUGUUACCAUAGGUGGGUUUGGGAAGAUUGAUGAGUUGCCCAGAGACGACAGCAAGGGUGAAGGUCCCCCACCAUCAGCCCUGUCCAGCAGAUCUCUGUUCCAUGUGGCCUCCAAGUGGGACGACUCACCACCCGUCGACAUCAAGAUCAAACCAGAGGGGAAGAAGUAUGAGAAUAUCCAGAUCAGUAUCACCACCAGUGGGAAGUCUGUCACUCCAAGUGAUCCCAGUGGCAUUCAUAUCUUUUCCGGGAAACAGCUGUCAAAGUAUCGGGCUGAUAAACAUGUGGAAGAGAAUGAUUCAGAUGAUGAUGAGCUUGAGCGAUUGUUUCUCAAGGAGAAGGGCGUACAGAAAGUUCCAAAGGGGAAGAAAUUGCAAGCAGCCAAAGCCAAGAUUCAAGAACCUUCACAGAAGGAUGAAUCUCUGGCUUUGGUUGGUGAGAAUUUUGAAAGACAAAGUUCCGACAGAAAUUCAGAAAGGAGGGACAGUCGGGGUAGCCGGGAAGUGUCCAAAGACAGGUCAAAGUCUGAAAGAGAAGAUGAUGCUAUAUUCAGGCCAGGGAAAGGGACGAAGGGAAAGGGACGCUAUGAGGAGGACAGCAGCAGCGAUGACAAUAAAUAUGACAAAUAUAAAACUGAUCGUUAUCGUGAUGGAAGGGAUAAACGGAACUCUUAUCAUCGUGGAAAGUAUCAUCGACACAGUCGUGAUGAUCAUGAAGAUGAUCAUUAUCCUGAUGGUGACAGAUGGCAAGACAGAUAUGAUGAUGGUCGACGAAGUCGAUACGAUGAUGAACAUCGUCGUAAAGACUAUUCUUUGGAUAAACGAAGGGGGAAUGAUCGAAAUAAAGGCAAGGAGUGGUUUGACGAUGAUAGUUAUGAUUACACUAGACAAGACUGUAGACCACGAAUCGGUCGAACUCGGCGAUGUGAUAGAUACUGUCGAAAAAAUCAUUGUGAAGAUAUCGGUGCAAGUAAUACUGAAAACAGAGAUAGGAGUAGAUCAAUUAGUCCUCCAAGGAGGAGGUCUAGGUCAUACACAUCAUACACAUCAUCAUCAUCAUCAUCGUUGUCAUCGUCGUUGUCGUCGUCAAGGAGCCGAUCAAGGAGUUGGUCAAGCGAAAGAUCGCCGCUAAGAAGACCUUCGUCAAAGCAAGCAAGUAGACCCUCGCCGAAGCAAGCAUUGAGGAAAGAAGAACCCACGAAAGUUGAUACUUAUGUUGCAAGACCAGCAAUACCCAGCACUGUUGUAGCGCCUCCAAUUGCCACUGAUGCAGCAGAGCCUGUGUUAGAGGCAGAUGAUGAAGUAAUGACUGAGGAGAAAAGACAGUCACUACGUGAGCUGGAGUCCUUUCUCACCAACCUCAAAGACAGGAAGAAACAACAGUGGAUUGCAGAGGGAAAAGUCAAGACAACAAUUUGAGAGUUGCCUUCAAUGUCAUUAACAUUAGAUCUUUGCUCUCACUACCGGUAAACAAAGAUCUGAGGAUAUCCCAUUACAGGUCCCAUCAGAACGACUUGUCCUCCGAACAAUCAGAGUGUCACUUGCCAGAUCAGGAAAGUUUGUGAAAACAUUUUGUGAGUGUAGUCUGGAAUAGAAGUCUCCAUUUGAAACUAGUGCCUUAAAGCUCGAGAAAACUACUAACUGAUUGGCUAAUGUUGAUUUUCCUGUUGGUUUUUCAUUAGUUGGUCAAAGUUCGCAAAUGGUCAUUCUGAUGUGACCUGGAGGAAUGGGAUGUCUUUGGAUUUUUGGUGUCGUGGUGGCGGGCACUAAAAUCUAAUUUUAAUGAGAUUGGGUAACCUAGGGCAUUUCAUGUUUAUUUCUUUGGUUUACAGAUGAGGUUGUAAUGAACCUAAUGUACGUGAGGAGUGUGGAAGAAGAACAUAAUUCAUUUGUACAGCUUUAUUUACUACCACCAAUCAUGAUAAUCAUGAUAAUUACACGUUCAAAAAUUGAAAUCACAAAUUUUAUAACCAGCUGAUCCAGACAAGUGAUUUCUCAGUGAUCCACAAAUGUCUUUUACUUUAUCUAAUACUCAAACCUUUCUGGCGUGUUCACUCUGUAGUGUUAUCAGUAACUUUAACAAUUAUGAAAACUGUCACAUUUCUCAGAAAAAAAUAAAUGAAGAUAAGAGAAUUUGAAUUUAUUUGUUUUCUCAUAUUACUGAACAUAAAAAUGGAAGGGUGUUAUAUUAUUCUGUCACAGACAUCAAAAUCUGAAAACCAAUUUAGAUUUUUUUGUCCAGACACGAUUAUUUACAAGUUGCAUAACUGGAAUAUUGCCCAGGCAACCACCAUUUGAAGUUCUGGAGGAGGACCUGGGAGUUUUGUUAGACACUGGAUAAUGUGUGGGCCCUGUGUCAAUGUACGCAACCUUUUCUAUAAAAGGAGGAUCUGAGCAAUUUAUAUUUUUUGUCCCAACAAAAUAUUCCAGGACAUGUCCAGCUAACAAGUAACAUUGGGGGGUGAAACCGAAGGACAAAUCAUAUUUUUUGUUAAGUUCCCACCACAAUCAAUACUUUUCCAUCUGUGUGAUGGGGGCCUGUAGAUAGUCGAGUCUGAACCAGGAAAUCCAGUGAUUGAUGUUUUGAGAAAGUUGGAGUGUGAUGACAAGUCACCAGCAUGACCAACCACCUGAUCCUUUACGAUGUCUCUUCUAAUGCCAUAUUCAGAAAGGUACCUAUCAUCUGGUGGGAAAUGAUUUUUGAUAUACAAUGCUGUAUGCUUGUCUAUACAAUGCUGUAUGCCUGUCUAUACAAUACUGUAUGCUUGUCUAUACAAUGCUGUAUGCUUUGCCGUAGAAUACUGUAUGCUUGGCUAUACAAAGCUGUAUACUUGACAGUGCUGCCUAAAUGCUUGACAGUGUUAUCAUGAAUUGGCUUUUCACAACAGGAUAUGCUUACCAAUGAAGCAAUCAAUGGUUUAAAUAUCUUACUGCCAUCAAAAGAUAUAAUGGCUUCUUUGAGAACCAGCCUAAAUUAACCAGUCAUGCAAGUUUAAUGUAAGAUAGUGACAUUGAUCUUGACCUGAGGUGUAAAUAUGAAAAGUAUCUAUAUGUGCAUCACAUCACUUAAUUGAGAUCGCAUCCUGCGUCAUAUUGUUGAGGGUGCAAAAAACUCCUCUUUCUCUUUCCACUCUCCACACACACACACACAUACACACAUACACACACAAACACAUGCACACACACACACUUGUGCACACUGACACACAAACACACAUCAGGGCAUACCACUUAAUUUGCCUUGGCAUCCAGUUUUAAAUAAGUACUCAUGAGCUAGAUCAGUGUAUACAUUGGACCCGAUUUUCGCCAUGACACUUAAGGAUGUUGCUCACAAUAUCAACCUAUGGAUUUCCUGAUCCAUGCCUGACCAGCUCAGUGUGAGCAUACUCUGAGUGAGGUAUCCAUGUUAAACUGGGACAUGGUAUCUUAUAGUGGGAUAGCAAUAUAAAACCAGCAUUAGUCUGGGCUAGUACCAGCAGCCACACACAUGUGCAUGCACAUUGCUAUUUAAGUGCACUAAUCUUGAAUGCAACAUUAAACCCAAUUUCAAUUUCGAACCGUGAAGAU